UGUAAAAACUUUAGGUAAGACUUAAAUUAUUUAGUUUUAGGAUUUGUUUUCAUAAAAAGUAUUUUGCACAUAUGUUUAAAGUAUUAGUUAGUGCUGUAAUAAAAGAUGAUAUUGCAGUUUUGAAAAACAACACAGAUAUAAAACCAGUUCUACUGGAUAUGCAAGAUGGAAAAAACAGGUUUACUCUUCUUCACUGGGCUGUUUUGCAUAACUCAAUAAAUUGUUUAGAAUGGUUAUUACAAAAUAAAGUAAAUGUUAAUUUAAAGUCUGAUAAAGGUUGGACACCUAUUCAUAUCGCUGCAAUUAAAGGUAGAGCGGAGUUUUUUAAGAAAUUGUUAAACAAAGGAGCUGAUAUUAGUAUGAAAGACUCUCGAAAUAAAACAGUUGGUCAUUUAGCUUGUUCCCAUGGUCAUUCAUCCAUACUAGAAAUAUAUUUGAAACAAGGUCAGGAUGCAGAGCAUCAAGAUCAUUUAGGUUGGACAGCAGCACAUACUUCAGUUUACCACGGAACUCUAGAUUGUUUAAAUAUACUUAUAAAACAUGGCUGUGAUAUUGAAGCUGUCGAUAAUGAUGGAAAUAAUCUAAUUCACUUGUGUUGCAUUGAAGGACAAAUCGAUUGUUUAAAAGUACUCUGUAAUUGUGCUAAAGCAAUUAGUAUACUGACAUUGCUAACACUUCUUCAGAAUCCAAAUGAUAAGGGUCAAACUCCAAAAAUGGUUGCUGUUCAAAACUUAAAUGAUAGCUGUGUUGAAUUGAUAAUGGAUAACAUCAAAAGUGUUUCUGAGCAGUUUGGAAAUAAAGUUGACUCAAACGUAGAUAAAGAAAAUGUUGAAUUAAAUUUUUCAAAUGAUGAAUCUCUAAUUGAAGAGAAGAAAUGUGAAACUGAAGAUGAAGUACAGAAUUGUGAAAAACUAACAGAAGAAUCUGGUGCUUCUGAUAUUCAAGUUGAAAAAGAAGCUGCUUCUCCGUAUAUAAAUUUAUCAAAGAAAAUGUUGCUUGCUACUUUGGAAGAAAAAGAUCGAGCAAUUCAAAAGUUAAGAGAUUAUCUUGAGUUUGAACGCAUAAGAAGAGAGAAACUAGAAGCGCAGAUGGACGAAAACAGAAUUUACAUCAGAAAUCUACUUAAAUUAACAACUAGAAAUCAAGAAACAAAUAGGACAUUGAACGGUUUUGCAAAAGUAAAAGGAAACACAUAAGAUGUUCAAAAGGUUUACAAAAAGAUGUCAUAAGACUUUCAAUGUUGGAUUUAAAGAAACAAGAAUCACAUAGGAUGUCUAAAGGCUUUGUAAAAGUAUGAGGAUACGCACGAGACAUUCAAAAUUUUAAAUUAUUAAAAGAGAUAAUUUUCCAUUUUCACCAAAAUUAAAA